UGCUAAGCGAUUUACGAGGGCAAACUGAAACGCAUAUAGAAAGCGUCUCAAAUCGCCCAGCAGUUGGAACAGAGAGUAUGAAUUAGGGUUAAUAGCGCCAGUCUCGCCGAAGAAGGGAAGAGGAGUUUCGACAAGGCUUUCUUUGUGAACCCUUUUUCAACUCGGUGGCAGAGUUGCCGUAAAAGAGAAAGAAUCGGGGGCGAUAGCUGUCUUAAAUCCCUCUUCUCCGUCUCAUUCUUCUGGGGCUUGUAGUGGUGUGGGGAGAAGAAUUUCAACCCUCGUCCUCCAUCGGAUCCGAUGUGCAGCAAGAAACUGAGCAGUUUAUUCGCUGCUUUUGCCGCAACAAAGACCUCCAAGAACCCCAAACCCGUUCCGCCGUCGCCGGAGUUCGUGCCCCCGAAGAAGAGCCCCGACCCUAUCCACUUCACCAACUCGUCGCCGCAGUCCUCCGGCUCUGAAACCGCCGAGAAGCCCGCGGGGGUUGUUUCAAAACAGGUGCUAUCGCGGCUGAAGCCAGCAGCCUCGAGGAUUUCCAAGUCGUCUCUUGCCCCUGCGGUAGACUCCGCUUUCGGGAUUUCUAAGGCGAUAUCCUCAAUAUUAAGUGGUGACAAUGACAUGUCACAUCCAUCCUCUUCUAAAGAGUCCACUGAUGGGAUGCUUCUAAAGAACAUAUUAGAUGUACCGUGGUUUUCUAGUAUGUCUCAGAUCAACACUACACAAUGGAAGAAGGAAGUAUCAAGGGAAAGAAAGCAGAAAUACAUAUUCAAGAAUACAGAGUCUCGCCGAUUUGUAGAACUGAUGAAAAAAUGUGCAGACAAACUUGGUACUAAGUCCACUGUGGAAUUCUUCGGUAGGCUGGGGAGAGAAAUGGGCUUGAGGGAAUAUAAUGCCUUAAUAGGACUCUGCAUAAGUAAAGCUAGAAAUUGUAGCAACGAAGAAGAUUCCAUGGUUCAUAUAAAAAAGGCAUAUGGACUUUUUGCAUCCAUGAGAGAAAAGGGCUUGCAAAUUGAGGAACAAAGUUAUGGUCCACUACUAAUGUACAUGAUUGACAUGAAAUUGACACAAGAAUUCCAAAUGUUCAGUGAGUUCUUCAAAGAUGAGAAUCCUGAGUCCUCUUCCAGAAUAGGUUAUUAUGAAAUGUUGCUUUGGAUAAGUGUUGGUAACGAAGAUAAAAUUCGGGAGCUAAUUGAUUCUGUUGGAGUUGCUGAUACUCAAGACAGCUAUAAAUUUGCAGAGAGCUAUCUAUUGGCAUUCUGUAAAAGUGAUAGGAAGGAGGAGCUGUUGCGACUGCUGGAGGUCGUGAAUAUCUGGAAGGUUUCAUCACCAAAGUACAUAAAUAGUGUGUUCCAGACCUUGGGUAGAUUACAACUGGAGGCUUUGACGGAGAAAAUCAUUUUGCAGCUCAAGACAGCAGGAUUUGGAGAGGAGGACAUCUCAUUCUACAUUUAUGAAUAUACUACUUGUGUACCAAACUUAGCGGUUGAAGAUGUUGUAUCAAAGUUCAUUAACUUGCAUCAGAAACUUGGAAUAAUACCCUCCAUUGCAUCAUAUGAGAAGGUCAUCAUGCAUUGUUGCAACUCUUGUAAGAUUUAUGCUGCCCUUGAUAUAGUGGACCAUAUUUGUAAAUCUGGUUUGGAUGUACCAAUCCAAUGUUUUCAUCCAAUAUUGCAUGCUUGUGAACAAUAUGGUGAGCUUGACAUGGUUCAUCCAGUCUAUUCGAUGAUGCAGCAACAUAACUUGACACCAAAAGGAGACUUCUCCGAGAGCAUGAUAAGCCUGUUUGUGAAGAUGAAAGAUUUUGAAGGUGCUUACAAUCUGCUAGCAUAUGCGAAAGGGAUGAACGAAAUGCCUACUACAAGCAUGUAUAAUAUUAUCAUGGCUGGGUAUUUUAGGGAGCAAAAUUAUUAUGGAGCACUUAAUGUUCUCAAACAAAUGGAAGAUGCAGAUAUAAAACCAGAUUCCAAGACUUUCAGUUAUUUGAUAGCUAACUGUAAAUGUGAAGAGGAUAUUGUCAAGUAUCGUGAUGAAAUGCGCCACUCUGGAAUUGAAUUUACUAAGUAUGUUUAUAUGGCCCUCAUAAAUGCUUAUGCAAAAUUUGGAAACUUUGAAAUGGCAAAACAGGUUGUUUUGGAUAAGGAGAUACCAGUCAAGUACAUUAACGAAAUUAAAAGUGUGCUCGUGUCAGCCCUCUCAUCAAAUGGGCAAGUAAAUGAUGCACUCUGUGUUUCUGAUGAAAUCAAGCAAGCUGGAUCCAACCUAGAGCCUAAGGCUGUUAUAUCCCUUAUUGAACACAUCCGAGCAGAAGGAGAAAUAGAUAGAUUGCUUCAACUACUAGGGGAGUUGAAGGAUUCAAACAGUUGGUUUGAUGGAUGCAGUAGAGUAAUCCUGUACUGCAUCCAGUAUAACCUUUCUAGUACUGCUAUUGAGUUACUUAAGCAGCUCAAAGAGAAAGAUAAAUCCAGUACAUAUAUUGUUAUCGAUCAGAUUUUUAGCCAGAUAUGGGAGACAACACCUACUAAUGUAAAGAUUGGUGUAGAACUACUCCAAGCUGUUAAGGAAGAGCUUGAGCUUCAUCCUUCUCGAACAAGUCUCGAUUUUCUUCUCAGCACCUGUGUGAAGGCAAAAGAUUCACAACUUGCUUGGUUUGUUUGGGCAGAAUAUGAAGCUGCUGGCCUUUCUUACAAUGUUUCGACUUUUGUAAGGAUGUACCAAGCACUUCUGGCAUCAAGGGAGCAGGAAGCUGCCAACGAAAUGCUGAAACAGAUACCAAAAGAGGAUCCCCAUGUUCGUUGUCUCAUCCAAUCUUGCAAAACGGCAUACUGUUAUUGAAACUUGCUUCUGAAUGAGGGAAGAACAAGGUGUUCUGAUAAUUGCCUUUAUGGAAAUGCAAAGACAUGCCAAUGGCUGCAAUAUGCAUAAUUUAUUUGCUGGAUGAUUUAGAAAAAAUACUCUUCUUUUUCCUUGAGUCACCACAGUAUGCAGCAAACUGCAAGGCUAAAUCAUCCCUUGCUAUGACAUUGUAGUAGGUGGCAUGCUACAACAAGCUCCAACAAGUCAUCAGUUGGAAUCAUUCUUGCAAAUGCAACUCCACAGUUUGAUGCUUGCAACCUCAAGAGGAUGGCAAAGGCCCACCGUUGGGUCACACCAGUCAGACUGUUGCCUCUCCAAUGGCCUCAAGGUUAGGCAUAAGCGGUAGAGAGCGCAUUAAUUUGCUGAGUAAGGCUCGACUUGAACUCGACAGAGGCAUGCAAAAUAUCAACUUGUUCCGAGAGAAUCUGAGAUGGAGGCUGUUCUGCUAAACUGAAGCCUGGGCCAUGGAUCGGUUGGAUGAUAGGUGUUUGUGAUAUGAUCUGUCGGUCAAAAGCGAUGAGGAGCUGCUUUUGUUGGUGUCACCUGCUAAAUCUAUCUUGGAAGGUAUAUUUUUUAUUAUUAUAUUAUUCAGCAUCAAACAAUUGAAAGAAUAGCACAUUUUUGUUGGAACUCUGUAAUUAUUAUUCUUAUAUGAUGUUUACGAAAUCAUCGACCGUCA